AGCCCGCGUUAUUUUUUUCCUCUUCCUUUUUUAAUUACAAAGCUCUAAAGAAUUUUCUAGGAAAUAUCUUGUUUGACUCCGAUCAUCUUCGGCGUUUCCAAUCGCCUAGGGUGUUUCCGAUCAUCUGCUCUGUCCAAUGUUCGGCUCUCCGGCGUUUCCAAUCGCCUACGGUGUCUUCGAUUAUUUGCUCUGUCCAACGUUUGGCUCUUCAGCAUUUCCAAUCGCCUAUGGUGUCUCCGAUCAUCUACUCUAUCCAACGUUCAGCUCUACGGUGUUUCCUCAUCAGUCCCCGAAUAGUUUAGGCUUCAGAUUUUUGGAUGUUUGGUUACCAAGAACUGAUGGUCAUACGGGCUUGGAAAAUUUAGUGGCACUAAAGUUUGUUGGGAUUGAUAAUUCAUCAAAAGAUUCAGAUGGCAGAACCGUUAUGAGAACUGCGUCUAGAGAUGUUUAUCAAUGGGCAGAUUCUUCCAGGAAGAUGAGGAUCAGAGUUUGCUUAUUUUCUUCAUUAGAGACGUGGUCACAUGUACAUCCAUAUGUUGAUGAGCCUCAAAAUUAUUGUUUACAAGUGGCGGAUUAUGAAAAGAUGUUCAAGCUGACUUUAGCUGCUAAUAACCAUAGGCUACAGGUUGCCAUUCAUGCUAUAGGUGAUAGAUCAAAUGACAGGAUCCUCGAUAUGUAUGAAUCCAUAAUUUCUAAAAAUGGAAUAAGGGAUCGAAGAUUCUGGAGCUAAUUUCAGAUUGAGCAUGCCUAGCAUCUUCCACCUGGGACUGCAAACCGAUUUGGUGAACUAGGGAUUAUUGCUUCAAUACAGGUUCAUCACAGCUCUAUGUUGCACUCUAGUAACAUACUGUAACAUUUAAGGUUGCGAGAAAUGAAAUAUCAACACCCAUUGCCAAUAUUGUUAUCUACUGUUUGAGUUGGGGUUUAUUUUAUUCAACUUUUAAUUUUUAAAAUUUAUUUAUUUUGUUUUAGUUUUUUCAAGGUGAUUUUCCUUUUGGUUAUUUGUUUUUAUUUGGUGGUGGUAAGUUGCUGUAGUAAUUGUUAGUCCAAUCUUUAGUAAGAAUUGGCUAAAGUUGUGAGUGUAUCUUAGAUCAUGUUUGGAAAGAAUGAUAGGAUUGGAGUGUAUAAUAUUUAUUAAGUGUUUAGGUUAUGUAAUUAAAGAGCAUAUUAGAAUUCACCUAAUGAGAUAAAUUAGUCUAAUUGAUAAAUGUGGGAUAAUUUUAUUCUAACCAAUUCCCUAUUCAUUUAUUCUAUUAUUGGGGAGAUAAAUAUUACUGUUUUAUUCAUCUUUUUUUUUCUUUUUCAUAACUUAUUAUCUGUAAAUGAUUAACCCACUCAUUUUUUUCGCUAUUUUUUUUUUCUUAAUCCAUACCUAGCGAGCCCUUGGAGUGUAAAUUUAGGUCCCAUCAUUACAACAUCAGUAAUAUUGAGUCUUGAUCUACAAAGAUCAUUUAUAUUGGUAGAAGUUACUUUUCUUCUAUUUUAUCUUUGUUUGUUUCACAAGAAGCAAACAGAACAAUAAAAGUAUGUGGUGGCAGGGAUACACACACAUAUAUAGGUUGCUGAGAUUACGAGCAUAUUUUUAGGGAGAAUACCCAUGUCAUGUUAGUGUCAUUACUGGUCAGUUCAUUUAUUGAUGAUACUUUACGUAAUUCAUGUUUAGGAUGACUUUACAGAGAAUGAGUUCCUUUGUAUAACAAUAUUUGCUCCACCUUGGCAUAGAGUUGGUUGAACUUAUAAAUACUUUACGUUUGUUGAACCUAUUUAUAUAUUUGAGUUAAUUCUAUAUGUCAAAUGUUAACAGCCAGAGCACCUAAUGUAUGAUUUUGAAUAUGCCACAAAAAAGCUUGGAUUUGAUAGGGCUCUAAAGGGUUCUUAUUUGUUUGGGUCACUUCUAAGUGGCAAUGCUACUUUAGCAUUUGGUUCAAACUGGCCUGUAAGUUUAUUGGUCUAUGCUUAGGGCUUUUGUAGCUUCUCUCUCUCUCAAGUAUUCACCUACAUUUAAUUCAUUCUCACAACCAAUCUGAUUUGUCUUAGGUUGCAAACAUAAAUCCUUUAGGCAAUAUCAAAACAAUGAUGACUAGAAAAUCUCCUACAUGGGAAAGUGCAUGGAAUCCUUAUGAAAGUAUUUCGAUGAGUGAUGCAUUAAUGGCAUAAGUGAAAAAAAUAAUGUUUGUUCUUUUUCAUUUUCUCUAUUUUGGGUAUAUUAGGAUAAGAGAACAUGGGAUGUUUUAUUUAUAAGUAGUACUAAUCAGCUCGACAAAAUGAUUAUUAAAAAAUAACUAAUUAAUGUUUUAAUGUUCCAUAUGGGACAAAGCAAGACAUUGGGUAGCUAUACGGUUGUUUAAAACAAAUGAGUUUGUUCGAUUUUCUGAUCUUUGUAGAGAUUGGCAGUAUUUUGUGUAAUGUUUAUGGUGACAGUCUUGCUUCUGAGUUUACUAGGAGAUUUUCCUCGUGUUUUGCUGCUUAGCAGUUUGUAUCAUGGGGUGAUUUUUUUUUAUGUCCCACAUUUUCCUUUUAUUAAUUUCCAUUAAUAUUACAAGUAGUGGUGUUUUGUUUAAUUUUUUUUAUCAGUAUUUCAUGUCUGUUUCUCUUAAUUUCAUUCAUUAUUUUGUCUUCGUUAAUAUAAGGUUAUAAAUUAUGUUGGACCUGAAAUUGACUUCUGUAUAAACUUAAUAUGAAUUAUACCAUGAAUAUACAUUGAUCUUAAAACAUUUUUUUGUCAUGUUUUGACCUGAGAAAACUAAUAGUCGAUUUUAAAAUAUAUGUUUGAUAGUUCAUAGAUUUAUUUUUUAUGUAUAGACUUUGUCGUACACUGUUUGUAUCAUGUGUUAUAAAGUAUGCACGUGCGGAUUUAUUUAUAGAAGGAAAUAAACAAAAAAAAAAAAAAUCAUGACAACAGUAUGUAUGAUCUACUAAAAUUAGUAGAUUGCCCAAAUCGUUAAAGAAGUUCCAAUUGAAGAUGUCUUCAUUGAUAUAACUUCUCAAUUGAAGUGAUUGUAAUUUGUAGCACUAACUAAAAAGAGUUAGCAAAAACAAUUUUGUACACUAUAUACUUAUUCUCCUUUUUAGAAAAGAGAGAAUUGUUUGAUUACUGAAAAAUUUGUGAAUAGAACGUGAAAUUUGACUCCACUCUCCAUUUGUUUGAAAUUCAACUGUGAUUAUUUCCUUUUUGACUUGUCCAUUUUGCUUGUUAAUCUUCUUCUAUUGAACAAUAUGUUUGUUAUAUGCCAAAAUAUCAAAACUCAUUUGGCAUCUGUGGGCUGAAACCUAUUUACAAAAUCAUUUUUUAGUACAUAAAUCUCUUUGAGAAGAAGAUUAUUUUCAAUAGCUUUUUUACAAAUAUUUUUUUUUAAAUACCAUGGGAAAUAUUAAGUUGCACAAUGGUUUUAUCCAAAUGAGCAAUAAAAAUCAAACAAAAACUCUGUUCUAUUUUGUUAAGUUUCGAUUUUAUCUUGCAUUUAUCUUCCAGAAACAAGAACUUCAAAAUUUGACAGAGGUUACUCAUGAUCAUAUCAAUUAUUAAAGAAUGAUUUCUUCAACAUUUGAGUCCUUGUUAUUACUUUUACUGCUGUAAUGUACUCCCUGAUUGAGACUACUCAUAUACUUUUUUUGUCUUUUCCAAUCUUUAAUAUGCAACAUUGAGCCAUUGAUCUUAUAAACAAGAAGAGCGAGUGAGAGAGAGAGAGAGAGAGAGAGAAAUUUUUAUAAAGCUAUAUUGUAAGAGAAAGUAGUUAAGUUAGAUAUUUCUGUUAUGACAAGCAAGGUUAACUUUGUUAAGUCUUUUGUUAUAUAAUUCUAACUUUGAUAAAUGUUUGGCUUGGAAAAGUGCCAUUUUGAUAAAAUGUUUGGUUUGGAAAAGUUCCUAAACUCUAGCCAUUAAAUAACUAUUAUAUUUAUAAGCCAUAUAUGAACAAUGCAGAAUAUGACCAUGGACUAUAUUCUUACAAAAUAUAUAUUGAGAGAAAAAUUAAUAAUAUGAUAACCAUAUAUACCCAAAAAUUAAUAUAUAAAAGAAUUUUUUUACUUAUUGUAUCAUUUAAUUUUAAUUUUGUAUUAAUCUCUUAG